UAAAAAGAAAGAGAUAAGUGUUACGAGAAAAGUAUUAAUUAGUAGUCAGACCCCGAUCACUUAUCGUAAUUAUAAAGAUGAUAAAUUAAUCAAACUUGCGAUUAACCAGUUUCUUAUGUGGAUUUUAGA